CUUUCCACAACUUCUUUGUUUCACCAUGUUCAUCAUCAACUGGUUCUACGAUGUGUUGGCCUCUUUGGGUCUUUUGAACAAGAACGCCAAGAUUCUUUUCCUUGGUCUCGAUAACGCAGGCAAGACCACACUUUUGCACAUGUUAAAAAAUGAUCGUCUCGCCACACUGCAACCCACUCUUCACCCCACCUCCGAAGAACUUGCCAUUGGUAAUGUCAAAUUCACAACAUAUGAUUUGGGAGGACAUCAGCAGGCGCGUCGAUUAUGGCGAGAUUAUUUCCCAGAAGUGUCUGGCAUUGUCUUCCUUGUGGAUUCUGCCGAUCAUCGUCGUUUCCCUGAAGCCAAGGCGGAGCUUGACGCACUUUUGGCCAUUGAACAACUGUCCAACGUUCCUUUCUUGGUCCUUGGCAACAAGAUUGAUGCUCCCGGUGCCGUGAGUGAGGAUGAACUGCGACAGCAGCUCGGCAUGUUCCAAACCACUGGCAAGGGCAAGGUACCCCUUAAUGAUAUCCGACCUAUCGAGAUCUUCAUGUGCUCGGUUGUAAUGAGACAGGGCUAUGGCGAUGGUUUCCGCUGGUUGUCGCAAUAUGUAUAAAUUCACCUUCUUUUUCCCUUCCUGUCUCUCUUUCUUUUUCUCUACACAGCAAAAUAAAGUUUUCAUUGAAAAAGAUUGCGCUUGCAUCGGU